AUGAAGAAGGGAUUCCUCGCGCAGCCGUCCACGCGCGCCCACCGGGCUGAGCCGCCGACUGCCACGCGCCACGGCUACGGCGGCGACGUUGGACGCCAGGGAGGUCUGAAAGGAGAUGCGAAGGCCGUUUCCGGACGCGCGGAACUCCAGCUCCGCUGCCAGCAGCAGCCGGUGGACGCGCUCCGUGAGCUGCUGCGGAGCUCAGGAGCCGAAGAGGGGGUGUGGGAGAUGGUGGAGGAAGCGCUGCAGGCCGGCCCUCUAGGCCAGUUCGAAGCGAUGCUUUUGGAGCUGGGCGCUCUGUCCAAGAUGAGUUCCUUGGUGCGGCCCCGCGCUUCUCGGGCAGACGCGGUCGAGGUCGCCCUGCAAACCGCCGCUGACGUCGUUGGAAGCGCCUCAGGGAGGUUCGCCUCGGCGGGCGCUGAGCGCGGCACGCGGCGGGUGCUGUUGGCCUCGGAGUGGCCGAUGGUGUGCGAUGGCGAUUGGCUGGACUUCGGGAGCGAGACCAGGGAGAACGAGACGAGGAAGACUGGGUGUCCAUGUGAUCCAGAUUGGCCGCCUGUGAGGUGUGCAAAGGAGCUGAUGAGUGGAGUUUCUUUACCGCGGAUCACGUUGGAGGAAGCCUGCGGUCAAAUCCAAGAUGCGCCGGCACUGGUGAGAGAUGCUGCCCUUUUGCCAGGUGAGACAGAAUCAAAACCUUCCGUUUGA